AUGGCCGUAUUUUAUAAACUUAUCCCACAGAUUUCCACUUUUGAGAAGAAUUGGACUGCAAAAAUCAUAGUUGCAGGAAAACAAGCACCUAAAACUGCUCAAAAUAACAUUAGCCGCUACCAAAACCUUCUCUUAAUGGAUUUAGAGGGUAACAAAGUUACCGCCAUAAUCUAUGAUACAAAUAUUACGGCCCUUGCAGAUGAGCUAACACUAGGGAAAACAUACAUGUUAUCAAAUGCAACUGUAAAAGACAACAGAAAUGAGUUCAGAGGCUCGCUUGAAGACAAAGUUUGGACCAUAACAGCAAAGACAAAGAUAGAAGAACUUAAGGAGGAUAAUUUAAACCUUCUCUUCUCGAGAUAUGAACUCACAGCAUUCAACAAACUUGAACGAUACAUGGAUAGUAAUGAAGAGAUAAGUGUUAUAGGCGUCGUUAUAGAAGUUCGUCAAAAAAGAAUUAUCCAAACCCAGUUUGGCACACAAACCUAUCUUCAAGAUGUUGUGCUGAUAGAUAAGUCUUUCCAGACGAUCAUAUUAACGAUGUGGGACACUUUUGUUGAAAAUGAGUGCGUUACUAUAAUAGAUAACAUUGGAAGCAAACCAAUCAUCUGGAUUGAAACAAACAAAGAAAAGCUUGACAAAUUAAUCCAAGAUAAGCCAUCUAUUGCAGUGACGCCACCCAAAAUUUCACCUCCAGAUGAAAAUAAAUUCACGCCAAUUGCUGACUUACAGGGAGUCCAUUUAGGAUCUGUGACAGCUACAAUUGCAGGAUUAAUGAAAAAAGUGCUGUUCACUUUUGUAGAGAGCAAAACGUCAAGUGCAGACUUGAGUCAAAUUCAUAAGUGUCGUUUCUGCAAAUUUGAACAUGCAAAAGCAAUACCAAGGGUAACUGCUUUCGUACAUAUUGAAGACAACUCUGGAGGCUUGGAUGCAACCAUAAUAGGAGAAACCGUAGAAACUUUAAUGGAAGCAAAUGCCGUCCAAAUUAUGAACCAUUUUGAAAAGGACGUGGAUACACAACUAAAAGAUCUCAUAAGAACUAACAACGAAGAAGAACAGCUUUUUUACCUAAAAGUAACACCAAGAAGCCAAAAUCCACCUGAAUACCGAUAUGAAAUUAUCUUCAUAUUCAAUUCUUCAACAACAACUGACAUUGAUUCUUCAAGUACAAUCAUAGAAUUGGAUUCUUCUCUUGUAACAACUGAUGAUAGUUCAAACAAAACAUCUACGAAAAGUAAAGAGAAGAUGUGCAUGACAGAUAAUCAAGAUUCUACAAACGUAGACGAAGUGCUUGCACCAAAUGCAAAGAGGGCUCUCUUUCAAACUCGAGACCAAAAAACCUAA